AUGGCCCUUAAGUUGGGAAUCCAUGUUCUUUGCAAACUGCAAAGACUGGUUCACUUAGAAGCCUUUGGGGAAGGUGGCCCACAGAGUGGGCGGGGGCGGGGGGGGGGACCCAAGGAGGUUUGGGCAGGAACCAAAAGACAUUUGAAAGGACAGAAAGCAGGAUCUACAAGGUCAGAGUGCUGCCCCUUUGUGAUGAAUGACAACAACCAUCAUCCAGUUGGCUGGACUGGGGCCCUGUGCCUAUCUCCUGCCCCCCUAGGGUGUCACGUUGUUCAGUUGCUAAGUCAGGUUCAACUCUGCAGCGCCAUGGACUGCAGUACCCCAGGCUUCCCUGUUCUUCACUAUGGCAUCCUUAAUGGAAGAUAA